AUGCAAAAAGUAUACUGCUUAACCGAAAGUAGAAAUCGAUAUGCACCAGCGGGAAUCGAGUUUAGCGAAAAUAAAACGAUAACAGAGCGAGGCAUCGAUCAGUCGAAGUGCGACGCUUUUAAUAACGCAUUCAUUGUCGGAUCAGAAGACGAUGGACAUGAAUUUUGGUCAAGCGCGGUAGCAAAUAGUCGUUUCGAUAUGGCUGCUUUCGUUUCACAGUCUAAUGCGGAUGUUACGAGCAUGGAACAGAUAUCGUAUUUGGGAUGCGCGAAAAUUGAUAAUCCUAGUAGUGAAACGGAAAUACUGAAGAUCAUGCAGCUAUUAAAUCAAGAGCGUGCAGCAAAUCCCAUCGAUAUUAUUCUUUCCAUUCCUGAUUCGGCUUUUGGAAUUGUUCGCAUGUAUGACGGAUUAUCAAAAUCAGAGAUGGUCAAUUUUCCUGUGCAUCGCAUUCGAUUUUGUGCCCGUGGUCAUUUGAAUUCGACCGAAAAAGAAUGUUUUGCUCUUUCUUUCACUCAAAAAAACGCAACUGCUGGUGAUCCUGCUAUACAUCAGUGUCACGUAUUUAGGUGCCAGAUACCUGAAGCUGCUGGCAAAGCAUUAUUAUGUUUUGCUAAUGCAUUCCAAAAUAACUGUUCAAAAAAAUCGAUGUCUCCAAAGGUUCGGCGACAUUCUCAUCAAAGUGCGGAUGAUGAUUCGUCAAGUAUGGAAGGAACGAUGACACCGGGUGGUGAAGAAGAUUAUCAAUUCGAUGCCUUUUUAGAAAUGAAAGCAAGCAUUUAUCGUUUUAAUUUUUUAAAGGAAGAAGAUGCAAAAAAGGGAUUUACGAUUUGUCCACAGGAAAAAAAUUGUUUUAAAUUGCGCAAAGACCGUGAGAAGCGAAUUGUAGUCGUUCUUCAACAAACAACAGGGCGAAGUAUCCUUGCUGUUAGAAAAUGUUUUGGUUUAUUGCUAGCUGCUGGGCGUAACCUAAGGCAUGGUGAUAUGCAUCUUUUGGAUAUGCAAUCAAUGGGCCAUGGUAAUGAUAAAAGAAUUUAUAUUAUUGAAGCUAUCUGGGAUCCACAUAUUCAAAAUCUCGAAGUUCUUAAUACAGAGACACCACGAGAAACUCGUGUAUUUAUGACUGUAGCAGUGGAUGUGGUUUUAACUGGUUUAGAUGAACCAGUGCGUUUUAAUAUUGAAUGUAAAGCGCGAAUUUUUCAUGAACAUGAACGCUUUUGGUAUGUUACACGCAGACCUAUUGUUGAAAAAUAUUUCCUAACUUUAAAGAGAGAUUCUGAUGGAUUAGAACAACUUGAUUCAUCUAUAAAGAAUGCUGUUCUUAGUGUUGUUCGAUUUGAAUCCGUCACAGAACGCGAACGAUCAAUUAGUCGCUUAUCAUUAGGCCGUUCGCCAACGAAAAUGCCGACACAAUUAAUUCAUCCCGCUGAUGAUGACGAUUCAGACAGUGAUGAACCACUGUUGUCCGGAUCGGGUGAAGUAAAUCAGGAAUGUUCUGAAAACGUGUUAAAUGCUUGGAAGAAUGUAAUUGAUCAGUGGAAAGCAGAUCCAGAAGGGACACGACCAGAUGGAUUAGGAGAUUUGAUUCGAAACGGAGUCCCUGAUAUUCUUCGCGGAGAAGUGUGGCAGUAUUUAGCUAAAGUACAGAUUGAUCCAGAUCUCACCCAAACAUAUCGGCUGCUGUUAGGAAAAGAAUGCCCAUCGGAACAAGUUAUAUUGCGUGAUAUUCAUCGAACAUUUCCUGCGCAUGAUUAUUUCAAAAAAGCUGGUGGGGAUGGUCAAGAAUCCUUAUAUAGAAUCAGUAAGGCUUAUUCAUUAUAUGAUGAAGAAGUUAGCUAUUGUCAAGGAUUAUCUUUCCUGGCUGCUGCUUUAUUGUUGCAUGUAAGUUUUUAUUUGUUAACGAUAGGUAUAAAUAGAUUUUAUAAAUGUGGUUAUACAUCGGUUCUGACCCUUCUGAUGUAUCUGACCCUUUCACCAUAG